AUGACAUUAAGUCCAUUUACAGAUUCAGAAGGAGUUAUCCGAGUCGGUGGAAGAGCAGACAAAGCUACAGUAUUCUAUGAGUCAAAACACCCCGCGUUGCUACCCUAUGCCAGAUGGAUAUCCCUCCUUAUUACCCGCCAGUCACACAGUUUUGGUCACAAUGGAGUCGCAACUACAGCAGAGAAAGUUCGACGAAAUUUCUGGAUAAUAAGAGGACAUUAUCUUGCAAAGUCUGUUAAACAUAAAUGUGUGUUUUGUAAAGAAAUGCAACCCAAAGCUGAAGUCCAAGUUAUGGCCGACCUACCCGAAUUACGAUUGGCCCCACACACCCCACCGUUCCACUUCACGUCAUGUGAUUAUUUUGGUCCCUACAAAGUAAAGAUUGGACGCAACAAGACCACAAAGAAUUACGGUGUAAUUUUCACAUGGCUCAACACACGAGCAGUGCACCUAGAGUUAGCAGCCGAUUGUACAACCAUGGAUUUUCUUCAAGUCUUAAGAAGAUUUUUUGCGAUGAGAGGUUAUCCGAAGUGCAUGCUCAGCGAUAACGGUACACAACUAGUCGGAGCAGUAGCUGAGCUUCGAAAGAUGGUCAAAGGACUGUGGAUUCUCAGCGGAAUAGGGAAUGGGAUGGAGAUUCAUAACCACUGGAGCUCCACAACCCCUGGAGCUCCACAACAGAAUGGUUGCGCAGAAGCAUUUGUAAAGGGCGUGAACAUUGCUUUGAAAAAAGCAAUUGGUGAUUCAACAUUGACACCCUUCGAACUUUACACUUGCCUGCUUGAAGUCGCCAACCUAGUUAACCAGCGUCCAAUCGGAAGAAUCCCAAACAACCCAGAUGGUGUAUACAUUUGCCCAAAUGACAUUCUACUCGGAAGAGCCUUGCCACAAGUACCACAAGGUCCGUUUAAUGAAACUAAAAAUCCUUGUAAGCAUGUAGAAUUAGUGCAGAAGAUAGUUGAUUCGUUCUGGCGUCACUGGACACGUGAUGUUUUCCCGUCUUUGUUUCUGUGA